UUCGAACCGACAUACCAUGACAUAACGGCUUUACAGCACGUGGUUAACAAACAUCCUUUCAUCUUGGCAGGCAAUCAGCUUCCAUUAAACUUACUAAGCAUUUAACUUUAUCACUUAAACUUGCUUAUAGUAGUCAGAACUUUUCAUCGCAUGUGCCUUUUAACCACCACUCUACUACCCUUGUUAUUUACUUGGAUUUUAUUAUCCUUACCUUGUACGUGAUAUGCUUGUCCCCAGGAUAGUUUCUUAAGUUUCUUAGUUCCUUAAAUAAACAAAUUUUCUUUUAUUUCACAUGCCUAAGGGGAACACUUGCCAGAGCCGCUGAUCAUGGAUAUUUCCCCUGUACUUGAGGGUGCUUCCCAUUAUGCCAAAAUUUCUGGUCAAAGUGGUCCACCUCCAGAGGUGGUCCUCUUUGACCUGUUGGUCCGGUCCGACCAAAAAUUGCCGUUCCAUUUUCAGAAAUUUUUGCUUCCAGUCCCACUCCAGCUCGUCAACACAGUCAAAAUGACGGAUGGUUCAGAUCUAAGUGUUUAUGAGUGCAGUUUAAGCUUCAGAAGCCAGACAUAACCUUUCUCCUUAAGCAGAGCUGCACACAAGGCUCAGUUAUAGCAGUGCAACCCAAUUUUUUUUUCUGCUUCUGGUUUUCAUCAGCUUUUAAAGACAAUACAUUACUGGCUUCUCCGUAUGUUGAUGAUGUUUUCGUGCUUUUUUUUUCUUAGCAGUAUGUGACCCUAGCCCUUACAGCUUUUGACUGUCAGUGCGAAAAAAUCCACAGCUCAUUCCAACAACCUCCGCUAGCUCGACCAAAGCCCUGGAAAGAUGGGAAGACAAACAUGUCCAAGCUACCUGAAGUUCUUCGAGGAAUUUGGGAAGUCUCACAUUACCCAACAAUCAAUUCGGUUGAACUUUUGGUUCGGAUGCAUUCCAUUUUCCCUUGGUUAGUACGAGUGGUCUCGGACCAGUCUGCCAGUAUAAUGGGAAGGACCCAAGUUUCAGUUCUUUGUGUAAAUGUUAACUGUUGUUCAACAUUUUUGUUCACUUGUAAGGGUAAGUGGUAGAUUUCUCUCUUAAGAAUGGAUCAAAAGUUCACCCCACAACAUGCGAGGUGGAAACGGUGGUACUAUUUGCUUGCACUAGUUCAAGGCAAGGAAAUGUACUAGCUGCAAGAAACCUGUGUGCCAGGUAAUAAAAAUACUUGUUAUUGUGCCUCUACCACAUCUGGACUCUCUAAAUGGCGAAAAGUACUUGAGGGUGCACUGACAGUUGCGUGGAUGCUGAUCUGGAUAUUGAUCUGGACAUGUGGGGCAAAAAAGUGGUACAGACACAAUCCAUUUAGAUCAAAGGUGUAAGCCUUGAUGAUAACCUUGAUGCUAGAGGUUACAUACGUGCAACAAAGUAGGCAAGAUGAUCUGAAUAUUAAGAAGGCUUAAAAAUCUUAUCCCAGUCAAUGCCAAGUUACUUUUGCACAAAUUGGCUAUCUGCCAAAGCUUACCAUUGGCACCUAGUGUGGCAUUUUCGCACAGCAUCUGAUAGCAGUAAAUUGGAGUGUUUGCAAGAAAGAGCCUUACAAUUAGCGUAUAAUACUAGUGCAGACAGUUAUGACACGGCUGAAAAAAGGUAAGUCAAUCACUUGGCAGAAUAAAAGGUUGCAGGAGAUACUCAAUCAGGGCCCGGUUCCUUCAAAGAUGAUUAAGUUUAACCCAGAAUUAAGCUCAAUUUUAAGCAUGGUUUUCUUCUCUUAAAACAUGAAACUCGAACUUAUAAAAUACUGUUGAACCUUUUCUCCGAGAUACAGUAAUGAUAACACAAAAUGUUACUCUUAAGCAAUACAGUCAGGAAGAUAAAAUACAAAAACGUAAUGAAAUUUUAAUCCUAGAUUUGUGCUAAUCAGCAUUUCAGGAACUGGGCCUGGUGAUUGAAGUCAAAAACAAAUUAGUGGUGAACUAUAUCGUGGAUAUUAAUGAGGACAAUACUAAUAGCAAGAGAUAUAACCUACGAAAUGCAGAUUUUGUUUUUCCUUGUUUUAAAACUGUUGCUCAUGGAAGACAUUCUCUAAAGUUUCUCGGACCACAGUUGUGGUCAAAAUUAAGCAAAAGGAGGAGAGAAAUGUUGGAACUUUGGCAGCUUUUAGGACAAUGUUACGCAACAAGGAUGUAACAUCGACUGCUGAAGAAUGUGAGAGCGAAUGCCGCGUAUGCUUAAGUUAACUGGACAUGUGUAGCAACCUAUGCAAUUAAUUUAUUUUAGCAUGUUUGGCAGAUGUACAUGUUUAGGUUCCGAGCUCAUAUAUGCAUUUAGCUUUAAAGAGUAAAUGUAGUAGGUAGUUUUAAAGUAUAAAAGUGUACUCAGUUGGAAUAGUGUAAAUUUCAGGCUUUUAUAUACCGUACUGUUUUAUAGUAGUUAAACUUAAUCAGUUUAAAAUGUGUCCCCAGUUAGUACUAAGAGGUGCUAGAAUGCUUACACACUUUAAUAAGGGCGAUGUAUGUAUGUAUGAAGAUCCAUGUAAACAUGCCAACCAACAUAAGCCCAUUGGGUUACAUGAUUUGUAAGAACCCAAAGCUUGCAGAUUUGGGCUUCCAGAACUAUGAGACUGCUGAUUUGUGUUAUACUCUGACAUUCUUUUUUAUAGUUCCUAGAAGCUUUAUCCAUACACAAUGAAAAGUGUGGAUGUUUUCCCUCAGAUGCUUAGACUUGCCUUUCCAGUGGUUGUCUGAGGGUGGCACUUUAGUUGAUCAAAUAACAUUACUCACUUCUGGGCUUAUAACCUGAACACUGCUAGAGCCAGAGGGUGGAAGUGCCAAGAUCAAAUAAUUACCGCCUCUAGGUGGUACGCUUUCACUGAGACAUCUAUAUGUUACAGGAAGUUUAUUAUUGGUAUGUAAAAUAAGAUUAGAGGAGGAUAACUCACUGCUAGACAAAUCCUACCGCCUUUUCUUGAAAAAAAAAAUUAACAAAAAGCACCUGGCAGAGGCUAGCCCUGUUUCAGAGCAGACAGAUUGUCAAACUUACAAUCACCAGCCAACAUAGCUGACCAAUCAGGUUUUGAGGCUAGUGUUGUCAGAAGAUAGACUGUCCUUUACAACCACCAACUUCGCAGUAAAACAGAGGGCAUACAGUUUUCAUUGAAAAGAAGAUAAUACUACAAAAACAAUAGUCUGUGGAUUGGCGCUAAUGAAAAAACCCAGUUAAGUUUGCAGUAACUACCGCUUGAUUCGUUUUGUGCUAUUUCUGGAGUCUUCUGGAUUGCAUUGUGGUAGGCUUGUUUUAAUGUUGGUGUUUUUCUUUUUAGUGCAGCAGUUGCGAGUAAAAAUUAUGCCUUUCAUGAUAAAACAAUGAAACUUGGCACACUUGCAAUACAUAUCUUUUAAAACAUAUUUGGAAAAAGAGCGUAGUUACUAAAACAUGGAACGACCUAAAACCACCUAAAACCACCUACAACCAUCUACAACCACCUCAAAAACAUCUACAACCACUCGCAAACAAUCUAAAACCAUCUAAAACAAGGUAUAAAUGUCUGAAAUAAGGCGAGACGACAACAUGUCAUGAACAUGAAAUACGAGAAUCAAACAAAACAUCCACUUCCCCCUAAAAUCUUACUCUCCCUGGUCGCUUGUAUCAUCAACCAUCGGCUUAAGUCACGAAAUGAAAUGCGAGAUCAUGCUAAGUAUAUUAUAAGACUUAAAGAACUUUACAAAAUGAACUAUCAAGUCACCAAAAAUAGUAACAUAAAAUAACAAACUCGUAGUCGAAAGACUGACUUGAUUUGGCUUUUUCUACCCUGGGUACCAGUGAGACGUUUUGGUUCACAUUUCUUUUGUUUACGCCAUGGCACAAGGUAGGGUUUCUCUCUCUCUCGGAGUCUGCUUCACUGCUGUUUUGUUCUGAGGUGGCGGAUUACAUUCCUAAGAACAAGUUAAUUUUUUUAGCAUCUCAUCCGCCAAACAUGUUUGUACAUUCCAGGUGACUCCUUUAGAUGCACGACACAGGAGAUGGAGACUAGUAGGUGUAAUCAUUGUUAAAAAUGUUAUUUAAAAAUAUCUAUAAUGCAAUGGAUUCAGAAGAAAACAAGUUAAGACGAGCCGAAAUUAAUAAAAAUGAAUUGAAAAAAUUUAAUAGUGAAUGAUUGUAUUUAAAGUAAUUUACCUGGAUUUUUAUAUACCUUUAUUAUGUUUUGGAACCCAACUUUCACCCCGGCCCUCUUCUUGGGAGUGAUGGGAUAUGCGUGCUUCUUAUUUUCGCUUUGCUCGUUGUAAAUACGUCCCCAUUAUACUAUCUGAGAGCCUGGCACAGGCUAGAGUAGCUGGAACUUUACGAGCUUAAACGGAACGAAAAAUUUGGAUCACAUAUUCGGGUCUUCCCUCCCCGCCAAGGGACGUUACUGGGAAGAACGUUUUGAUUCAUUUUGCUGAAAAGAAUUAUCAAAUAUCAUAUAAUGUUUUCUAAUUCUUGCAACUGUAAACAGGAUAAUAGCUGUAUAAAAUCAGGCUCUACAAGUGAGACACGUUCGCACUAGACUAAAGGAUUCUGCGGGACUACAUACAUUUGUGUGAAACUAUUUCAGACAUUUAUACCCUGUUUUAGAUGGUUUAAGAUUGUUUACGAGUGGUUGUAGAUGUUUUUGAGGUGGUUGUAGAUGGUUGUUGAAUUUUUUGAGGUGGUUGUAGGUGGUUUUAGGUGGUUGUAGAUGGUUUUAGGUGGUUUUAGGUCGUUCCAUGUUUUAGUAACCACGGGAAAAAGAGCCAUUGCAGAAUAUUCACGUGUCGAACAUGGCAGUUUUUUUUUAAAAAAGGGCACGUCUUUUUUACUUUGACUACCGAUAAAUCUAUAACAGCUAAUGAAAUAGAUAACACUUCAUAGUCAGGGUGCUUUUUACACCCCAUUAUGUCUUAUCCCAAUAUUACAAUUGUCAUGUAAACACUAAAUGAGGUAAAAGGAAGGAUAAUACAGGAUUUGGUCCUCUUGUGGUAAAUUAUGAUACACAUUACAAAGUAAUUACGGAAUCAAGAUUUAAAAUAAACAUUUUCUUGCAAAUAUUAGAUUGUAGAGUGUGGUAGGCACAUAUCAAAUACGUAUAGGGCGUGUUCCUUUGGAAGGAUCUGGAUCAGGAUUACUGAUCUGUCGCAUUCCUUUCAAGCAAAUCCAUUUCCAGAUCAGUGAUCCAUGGAAUCAACUCUGGACAACGAUUCACCAGAUCAUUGAUCUGAGCGAUCUGACAGUGGAUCAUUGGAUUCAUGAUCCUGUGCAUUCCUUGGGACGACAGAUCCGAAAAAAAUCACUGUGGACAGUGGUUUUCGCACGUAUUCAAACGCAUUCAGCACUCGCAGCAUAUUUAGGUGAGUACGUAGUCACAAAAAACAUUGCAGUUUCGGUCUCUUUCCUGUCUGUAUUGAUUAAAAUUUAUCAUAAGAUUGAUUUGAUUAGGGGAGUACAUAUUUUCGAAAUGUUUUAUGGAUAUUUUUUCGGUUUUAACGGCGUAUUUACCGGAUACAUCUAAACUGUUUGAAAUGACAGGUGCCGUCAUGAUAGACUCUGUAAAGCUUUAACUUAUGAUUUAGCAUUAAUAACGCUGUUAGAACAGAGCUGCAGUGAAAACAUUGUUGAUCAAUCACGCCCGGCUCUUCUGCUGUGCAUUUAGCUUGUUUUUGCACUUUCUUUAAUAUGAGUUAAGCUUAAUAUUAAUUCCUUCCAUUGCUUGGCACAAUUUAUGCUAAAUAGACUGGUAAUGUAUGCUUAACUGCGACAGUAUGAAAGAUGGACACGCACAGCAAGAACUCUCUAUCUCAUAAGACGUAAAGGUACACCUUAGUACCUUGAUCAGAGCUUAUAUUUAUUUCAGAGACUUUGAGACCUGGACAUAAAUAAAUAAAGAAGUGUCUUUAUUGUUCUGAAGAUAAAAUUACGUAUCUUAUGUUACAUUUAAAUACAAUAAUGUUAAUGGGCUAAAGUAUGUCACUAAAUAAGAUUAGUAUAUACAUAGAAACAAAUACAAAAAAAAAACAGAAUCGCGUGUUCAAAACUUAUACCUUGAUGAUUUAACUGAUAUUUCAUGGAUAUUCUUAUGAACUUGAAGCUAUUCUUUUCUACAGUCAGAAAGGGGUAAAAAAUGUGAGUAGCGAGUAGUAUGUAUACAAUUUUUGUUAACUCUGUCAUGACUAUCUUUUUCUUGUUAUAAGGUACAAAUAGAUUGUAAAGUGACACAUCAGUGGAAUUUGCCUUACCAGCAAAGUGGCACCAGUGAACGCUCGAGUACACCCACUUACAUGGCCUUUGGUCCUCCUACUGGUUCACAAGUUUACCUGCAACAUACCAACCCUCUACCCAUGCCUUGUAUGUCAUCAGCUAAUCGCAGUGGUAGUGAAGAGCGAGUUGAAGCAGGUAGAGAAGAGAAGCUGUGGAAUAAAGACGAAGUUCUGUGUUUGAUAUUUUUGCAAAGAGGAAAGAUGAUUUUAAAAACCCAAGAAUGAAAAACAAGGAUAUCUGGCAUGAUAUUUUCCUUGAAAUGCAGGCAGAAGGAUAUGUAUCUUGUGAGACCAAGUUCAAAACUGUAAAAAGAGCAUAUACUGCAUGCAUCGACCACCACAGUAAAACAGGAAAUGAUGCAAAGAAGUGUGCAUAUUAUGAAGAACUAAAUGGUAUAUUCCAUGGUGACGACAAUAUCAAACCACAAGCUGUGUUCAGUAGUAGAAAGGGGCUGGUGAAGAGAGGAAAAGAGGGGAGUUCAGAGAGCUCAACAGAGUGGGAAGAUGCAGAGUGCACUGCAAGUGAUGACCAUGACGAUGCCAUUAAGAAGAAAAAACCAAGAAAGAAAGCCCCAAAUCUUGUGUCACUUUGAAAUACCAUUCAAAUCCAGGGGAAGAAAAGGGGACCUAAUAGACAAACUUUUGUCUUUCAUACAAGAGUGCACGUGCUUUUCUCCAUCAGCUCAGGAGUGAACAUUGGGAUCCUUAAUUUAGUGUGAUUAACAGCUGGCAAAAACGUUUGGGAUUUAACAGGAGACGUACUCUGGGGGAAUGCGUGAUGGGCCACAGUAAUUUAUAACUAUUUUAAUUCACGUAUUUUACAACAUAUCCUCCUCUGCUGCUUCUUCCUCGUAAAAAAAAACAGACUCUAGGGGAUUCUGAGUCAUAUCGUUUGUGUUUUUCGGUGGUUUUCCCUUAAAAAUGUGAAGUACAAGGUUUAUAUUUCCUGUCCAUUUGUUGAAAUCACGCAUCUAAGGCAAAUUUGCAUACGGAGAAAAGUCACGUUCUGAUCGUCGAAAAGAAAAAAAAAAACAAGGAAAAGCAAUUACCAAGUUUUCUCCACAUGUUUUCAAAAGUCCAACUUUUAAAGGGUCUAAUGACAUUAAAGGGUCUAAUGACAUUUGGUGAUAACUAAAAAUGUUAAGGCUGGGGAAAUUAGACAAUCAGAUGCGGACCUGCCUUACUAUCAAAAUGGCGAAUUUUGGAUCAUUAAUGGCACUUUGUGCAGCACGCAAAGAAGAGUGCCCACAAAUUUUGUUGCAUUAAGAAGUAGACUGGUCUUAGUACUUCUGAUUUAUCCAGGCGGUGUGCGCACUGGGAUCGCUAAGCAUCAUAAGCAGUAUUCAAAAUCUGAUCAUUUGUGUCUAGAUGGCGAGGAGUGAACAUCUCACAGUAAGCGACUGUGGAGACAAAUAUUCGUUAAAUACGCUGUAGAAAUCAGCGAUUUACCUUUGUUUUCUUCCAGAGACGUCUGUAAAAACAAAGGCUAUUGAGUUGUCGGGGAAAAACAGUGUCAUUGCGUUAAUAAGGGUAUUUCGUUCGAAAUCACUUGCAUGCAGUUGGUAAAUCAAAAAAUUGCUGCUUUGUUCAAUGCUUCAGUCAUGAAAGUACUAAAGGUAAGACCCGUGGUUUGCCGGAGAAACGAUUUCAUCGUCAGAUUAGUGCAACUAGAACUAUGAGGUACUACGACAAUUUCUUCAUUAUUAGCAACAUGAAUUUAUGCUUAAGUUGGCUUGAAAAUCUUGUAAGAUUGUGUAUGCUUCCUUCUGUGACAAGAUAGCCCUAAAACAGUUGCCAGGUAUUAUAAGAGAACUUAAGUGGGUCAGCUUUACCGGGAUUUAGGUCUCUGUUGGCAACCUGUUUGCAUUUCUCAUUGUUUUACCACACAUGAAGUAAAUGAAAAGUAAUUAAAGAUAUCAAUACAUAUACAGUGAGUUGUGUCUCAUUUAUAGAUAUAAAUAAUUUUGAGCACUACUUUCUUCAGGGAUCUUUAGUCUUAAAUAAAAAGCUAAUGAAGAAACUAGUAUCCUUGCUUUCUAUAUUGGUAUGAGUCACAGAAUGUAAAGUUUGAAAUUGAAAAUGGCAUUCAGCAUUUGUGAUUACUAAUCCUCUUACAGUCAAGCAGAUUAAGUUACAAGAAUUGAGCCUAGAAGACAUUCAUAGUUUUUACCUAUAUUUUUUUAUAUGAAUGAUUGUAUCAGUAUGUACAAACAUAUGUCGUCGCAUAUCUUUUGUAUGAUAAGAAUAAUUUUUUUUUAAUUCAAAAGGUGAAAAUGUUAUCUGUGUUUACAAAUCUACUGUAAUCAGGGGCAACAUGUAGGGAGACCCCUUUCCUUUCUCGUGACCCCCUCCCUCAAACUACUUUUCUUUAAUUCCAAUGUUGUGUCAUAGGUGUUAUUUACUUCAAUCUUUUGGGUUAGCAGUUAUUACCGUGGUGGAUCCUAAUAGCCACCCUUUUUUCCCACUUUGGAUAUCUUGUAGUAUCUCAGGUAAAUUUUAUUUUUCUUUUGUUUGAACUCCAUUUGCACACAUUAAAAUACUCAAAACGAAAGAAAAAUAAAAAUUACCCGAGAUAAAAAAUUAACGACAACAUAUAUUCCCUUUCCUGUCAACUAUUUUCCCCUUACUCUUGGUUGCCCAAUUAUAACUUAGUAAAUCUAUGAGAUAAACUGUAUUAACUGAAGCCACCAAAAUAUGCAAAUCCCUUGAUAUAACUAUGUUAUUGGGGUAAAUAGGUUGACUGACCUCAGUGUAUAAGCAGUUUGUUGCCUAGCUGUUCCAAAUUCCUCUAAACUACAAUAAUCCUAACAUCCACCCACAAACACACACACACACGUCUUGAACAGAGAUAGUUAUUAAUUUGGCACUCAAGUGUAAUAAGACCAAUGAGAAUAUUCUGUUGACUAGAAUCAAAGUGACAGCUUGGUGGCUUCUACAUGACACCACUCAUGCAUUUCUCUCACCACUUUUUUUCAUAAAGGGUAGCUGUUUUCAAAAUGUACAGGGUUUAUCUGUAUUUAAAGUUAAUUUCUUAUCUUUGACGAAAAAAUAUUCAGGUGCUUUCAUUAUACUCUCAGAGGCUUCACAUGCAUCACAUUAUCAUUUUAUUUGGUCUAAUUUGUUUUCAAUCAGACUUCAAUAGGCCAUUUUUCAUUCAUAUAUUUUUUCAUAAAUCUGACAUUUGUUAUGUGCAAUCUGUAAUGUUUACGCCACGUGUGGCAUGAUGCGCGAAGCAUGCCGGGGUUGUAGAGAAUAUGGUGAGUUGUUGAACAUGUGCUCGACUGUCGUGUCUUGCUAAUUCAUUUUGUGUAUGAUAACAAACAAUUACGUUGGCCACGAGUAAGGGACGUCGUUGCAAGUAACUCCAACAGUCUUUGUGACAGAUUUGCCGAUUUUAUGAUCGCCUCCGCUCUUCCAAACUUCGAUCCUUUUGAUAUCCAUGCUGAUGGUGCAAAUGCUGGCAAAGGUGGAUCACACGUCCUGAAAAUCUGUUCGUUGCUGCUGCCAUCACUGAUAAGAAAAGACAGUGAGCUUUUCUUCUUUACUACACCGGAGAAGAGGUGUGCGAGAUUUUUGAAACUUUAGUGGAUACAGGUGAUGGGUUUGCAAUGGCCAAAGACAUGCUCGAAGAAUGUUAAGUAUGAAAUUUACACGUUUUGGCAAGCCUGAAAGAACACAGGCGAGUCCAUGAAUGCAUUUCACUCUCGUUUGCGUCAAUUAUCUGCUACUUGUGAGUUUGGGGACGUCGACAAGGAAAUUAAAUCGCAGAUUUUUUUAUCCUGUUCAUCACAGCGUCUUCAAUGCAAGGCUUUAAGAGAUGCGACCAUGACACUUGAGACCUUAUUGAAUGAGGCACGAGCUCUGGAAAUCUCAGAAACGCAAGCAAAGGAUAUCGAAUCGUCAGGAAAUGCGGCUAAUGCUGUGCUUCCUACUCCAUCACCACCGAAGAAAAAUUGUUUCAAUUGUGGUGAAAUUUGGUCACAAGACUCAAAGACGGGUUGUGCUGUGUGAAAUCGCAAGUGCAAUGGCUGUCAUAAAUAUGGUCACUAUGCGAAAUGCUGCACACAAAAGUCGCAUGAAGCCCGAAAUUCCCAAAAAGGAAAGCAUCCCCGUGGACAUGGUAAUCCCAAGGAAAAGAAAAAACAACAUUUUAACAGAUUGGAAGCAGAAUGUGAGGAACGUGAGACCUUCUCAAGCUCUGAUGACGAGUAUACAUUCAAGUUAGAAGUCCCCGCCUCGAAGGUCAGUGCUCCUUUUGUCUCUUUGAAAGUGAACAGUGUUGUGUGCAAGUUCUUGGUAGACUCUGGGGCGAGUGUGAACAUUGUUAGUUCCAAUGCAGUUAAAGUUUUUGGUGUCGACCUGCAACCCUGCGGUACAAGGGUCUAUGCCUUCAAUUUAUCUACCCUGCUUCCAGUGAUAGGCAAGUUCUCAGCCCUCAUUGAAUCAAAGUGUAGUGCAGUCGACACUGAAUUUGUUGUGGUGGAGAGUAAAACUUCAGAUUGCAAAUGCUGUAUCGGUGGAGAAAAACGUAUUCCAGCGGUACCCUACUCUGUUGACUGGUCUUGGAGAAAUGAAGAAUGUUGA